GACGUCUGCGUGAUGGGAAGGACACGGCUCGUUCUACCCUCUAUAAAUUAUUACCAGAUUGCAGUUCCUAUUCGCGCACGGCAGAGAGAGUGUAUGUAAUCGUUAGAGUGGUUUCUUUUUCGCCAGGCUGUUCCAGAAUAUCCAUUUUUUUCUCCUGUUCAAUUGAUGCAGUUGAACAGCGAUUAAAACAGGUGACAUCGAUCUGGUUGAAAGGACAUGACAAGCGAGAGGCCGGCGGUGAAGAUGCCGGGUGCUUUGUCGCUUUCUGACCGACAAAUCCCAGCGGGUCAUGGGCAGCCGGGGGCCUCUGGUACCGGGGAAAUAAUGGUAUCUGGCUCGGGCUCUAUGGUUCUACCGGCCGGGAUGAUCAACCCGCAGGUUCCCAUCCGGAAUAUCAAGAUGAAAUUCGCAGUUCUGAUCGGAUUGAUCCAGGUGGGGGAGGUUAGCAACAGAGAUAUCGUGGAGACUGUGCUCAACCUGCUGGUUGGGGGUGAGUUUGACCUGGAGCAGAACUUCAUCAUAGCGGCGGCAGAGAGCCUAGGCUGUAUGGUGGAGCUGUUGGAGCACUGUGAUGUGACCUGCCAGGCUGAGGUGUGGUCCAUGUUCACAGCCAUCCUCAGGAAGAGUGUCCGUAACCUCCAGACCAGCACUGAGGUGGGCCUCAUAGAGCAGGUACUGCUGAAGAUGAGCUCCGUUGACGACAUGAUCGCAGACCUGCUGGUGGAUAUGUUAGGAGUGCUAGCCAGCUACAGCAUCACAGUGAAGGAGCUCAAACUGCUGUUCAGUAUGCUGAGGGGAGACCGAGGACUCUGGCCGAGGCAUGCAGUGAAGCUGCUGUCUGUUCUGAACCAGAUGCCUCAGAGACACGGUCCAGACACUUUCUUCAACUUCCCCGGACGCAGUGCUGCGGCCAUAGCGCUGCCUCCCAUUGCUAAGUGGCCUUACCAGAACGGCUUCACUCUCAACACCUGGUUCAGAAUGGACCCUCUAAACAACAUCAACGUAGACAAAGACAAACCAUAUCUCUACUGCUUUCGCACCAGUAAAGGAAUCGGCUACUCUGCACAUUUUGUGGGCAACUGUCUGAUCGUGACAUCGCUGAAGUCUAAAGGCAAAGGCUUUCAGCACUGUGUCAAAUAUGACUUUCAACCUAGGAAGUGGUACAUGAUCAGCAUCGUGCAUAUCUACAACCGCUGGAGGAACAGUGAGAUCCGUUGCUAUGUCAACGGCCAGCUGGUCUCCUAUGGCGACAUGGCCUGGCACGUCAACACCAACGAUAGUUAUGAUAAGUGCUUCCUGGGUUCGUCGGAGACAGCUGACGCUAACAGGGUAUUCUGUGGUCAGCUGGGGGCCAUCUAUGUGUUCUCUGAGGCUCUCAACCCAGCUCAGAUAUUUGCCAUUCAUCAGCUGGGAGCGGGCUAUAAGAGUACGUUUAAGUUUAAGUCGGAGAGUGACAUCCACCUGGCGGAGCACCAUAAGCAGGUCCUGUAUGAUGGCAAGCUGGCCAGCUCCAUCUCCUUCACCUACAACGCCAAGGCUACUGACGCCCAGCUCUGCCUGGAGUCAUCGCCCAAGGAGAACGCCUCCAUCUUUGUCCACUCACCCCACGCCCUUAUGCUACAGGAUGUGAAGGCCAUAGUGACCCACUCCAUCCACAGUGCCAUCCACUCUAUAGGAGGAAUCCAGGUGCUGUUCCCUCUCUUCUCCCAGCUGGACUACCAUCAACCCAACGACCAGCACAACUACCAGCACCAUGAGACCCAGCUGGAGACUACCGUCUGUGCCACCCUCCUGGUGUUCCUGGUUGACCUGUUGAAGAGCUCGGUGGCGAUGCAGGAACAGAUGCUGGGAGGGAAAGGAUUCCUUGUAAUCGGGUUUCUGUUGGAGAAGUGCUCCAGGGUCCAUAUCACACGUGCGGUCCUUGAGCAGUUCCUGUCCUUCGCUAAAUACCUGGACGGGUUAACCCACGGAGCACCACUCCUCAAACAGCUCUGUGACCACAUCCUGUUCAACGCAGCCAUCUGGAUACACACCCCUGCCAAGGUCCAGCUCUCAUUGUACACGUACCUGUCUGCAGAGUUUAUCGGCACGGCAACCAUCUACACCACCAUCCGCCGUAUUGGGACAGUGCUGCAGCUGAUGCACAGUCUGAAGUACUACUACUGGACCUGCAACCCUGAGGCCAGCAGUGGCAUUACACCUAAAGGACUGGAUGGUCCAAGGCCCACCCAGCAGGAGAUCAUCUCUCUCAGGGCUUUCCUGUUGCUGUUCCUCAAACAACUCAUCCUCAAGGACCGAGGCGUGAAGGAGGAUGAGCUGCAGAGUAUCCUGAACUACCUGCUAACCAUGCAUGAGGAUGAUAAUAUCCAUGAUGUUCUCCAGCUGGUAGUGGCUCUGAUGUCAGAACACCCAGCCUCCAUGAUUCCAGCCUUCGACCAGAGGAACGGCAUACGGGUGAUGUACAAGCUGUUGGCAUCUAAGACUGAGAGCAUCAGAGUCCAGUCCCUCAAAGUCCUGGGAUAUUUCCUCAAACACCUGGGACACAAAAGGAAGGUUGAGAUCAUGCACACACACAGUCUCUUCACUCUGCUGGGGGAGAGGCUGAUGCUACACACCAAUACUGUAUCAGUGACCAUCUACAAUACGCUGUACGAGAUCCUGACUGAGCAGGUGUGUACCCAGGUCGUCCACAAACCCCACCCUGAACCAGACUCUACAAUCAAGAUACAGAACCCCAUGAUUCUUAAGGUAGUAGCGACUCUGUUGAAGAGCUCGUCCCCCAGCGUUGAGCUGAUGGAGGUUCGACGUCUCUUCCUCUCAGACAUGAUCAAACUAUUCAGCAACAGCCGCGAAAACCGACGGUGUUUGUUGCAGUGUUCAGUAUGGCAGGACUGGAUGUUCAGUCUGGGGUAUAUCAACCCUAAAAACACAGAGGAACAGAAGAUGAUGGAGAUGGUCUAUAGCCUCUUCAGGAUCCUGCUCUACCAUGCCAUCAAGUAUGAAUGGGGAGGCUGGAGGGUCUGGGUGGAUACACUCUCCAUCGCUCACUCCAAGGUAACGUACGAGGCCCAUAAGGAGUACCUGGCUAAGAUGUAUGAGGACUACCAGCGUCAGGAGGAGGAGAACAUUAAGAAGGGGAGGAAGGGUCUGGUCAGCACCAUCUCAGGCCUGCAGGACCUCCAGGCCGGGGGCAUCCAGGGGAACAUGGAGAUCAGAGAAGUAGACGACCACUCUCAGACACAGACCCCGGAGAGCGAGGCCGACUACCCCGAGACUCCCGGCCACCCUCGGAACAUACUGUCGGAGGCGAAGACGGGGGAGGAGGGGGGGCUCGAGGGGACAGAGAGGACGGGGUCAGGGGUCAGAGUGGAGGUUCAUGACCUGCUGGUGGACAUCAAGGCUGAGAAGGUGGAAGCGACGGAGGUGAAGCUGGAGGACCUGGACCUGUCUCCAGAGCCGCUGGGCGUGACAGUGGGUGUGGCUGGGAGUGUUGUCUCUGAGGACAGGGGCGGGGCGUUGGUCCAGGUGGACUCCCUAUUGGACAACGUGUACUGUGCUGCUGUAGAGAAGCUGAGCAGCAGCGCCGCCAGCGGAGUAAUGGUCCCCAACGCAACCGUCGGUGUAGCCACCGACAACCACAACACCGGUCCCCUCAUCACCCUCGCUGACGACGACAAGGACAGUCUCCCUAGCAACAGCAGCUUCCUGUUUGGCCAGGAGGAGCCCCUGGUCCUGCCAAGUCCUGGUUCUAACCCCCAACCAGACCCCGAGCCCCCAGUCCCCCCGGCUCGCAGCCAUGACCUGGGCCUGCUGGCCCACAUGACGGGCAGUUCUGAGCUGGGGAUCAUCGGCAUGGUCAGUCCUGGUGGUCCAAUCAACAGCAUCGUGGAGGAGGAGAGGUUGAAGCUCCAGACCACCCUGGGUGACGUCACCUCAAUGUCCAGGGAAGAGGCCUGCUCUAAGGGGUCAGUGUUCACAGACACGGGGGCUGGAGCUAGUGCUGGAGGGUCUGGGGUGUCGGAGGGGGGAGAGCCCUCGGCUGGUGUGAAAGGUAGUGGGGCGGAUGCAGUCAGCAACACCUCAGGCACAGAGAGGUCAUACGACAGAAAGGACAAAGAGGUUAAGAAGAUACAGACCACUGCUACUACACAGUCCCUGCACGGUCGUACGGCGGCCCAGUUAGAGCGUGCCCUGCGUGUGGACCUGGGCUUCAGAGGGAUGCCCAUGACAGAGGAGCAGCGACGCCAGUUCAGCCCUGGCCCUCGCACCACCAUGUUCCGUAUCCCAGAGUUCAAAUGGUCGCCCAUGCACCAGCGCCUCCUCACCGACCUGCUGUUGGCCCUGGAGACAGACGUCCAUGUCUGGAGGAGCCAUUCAACCAAAUCUGUCAUGGACUUUGUCAACAGCAAUGAGAACAUAAUCUUUGUCCACAACACCAUCCACCUCCUCUCUCAGAUGGUAGACAACAUCAUCAUCGCCUGUGGAGGGAUCCUUCCUCUGCUCUCUGCUGCUACCUCUCCUUCUGCUGAGUUGGAGAACAUCGAGGCAGUCCAGGGCAUGUCUUCAGAGACGGCUGUUUCCUUCCUGUCCCGUCUCAUGGCCAUGGUGGACGUUCUGGUGUUUGCCAGCUCACUCAACUUCUCUGAGAUAGAGGCUGAGAAGAACAUGUCCUCUGGAGGCCUGAUGAGACAGUGUCUACGACUGGUGUGUUGUGUAGCAGUGAGGAACUGUCUGGACGUUAGACAGAGACAGAGGGACAGAGGGACCAACAGUAAGAGCCAGGACAACCUGUAUGGUACAGCAUCUGCCAACAAGGACCCUGACAGGCUUUUACAGGACGUCGACAUCAACCGUCUGAGAGCUGUCGUGUUCCGGGAUGUGGAUGACAGUAAGCAGGCCCAGUUCUUGGCCCUAGCGGUGGUCUACUUCAUCUCUGUCCUCAUGGUGUCAAAGUACAGGGACAUCCUGGAACCCCAAAGAGAGCCCAACAGGAUGAUCAGCCAAUCAGCAUGCAGCAUUCGCAACGAGAUCAACUCACCUACCAGCACAGAGACCCCCCUGGCCUACCCUGACCACAAUAAGGAGCCCCCCACCCCUGUAGAGGAGCUCCACAUAGGGAGAGGAUCUCUGCCGCACACUGACUCUGGCAUUGGAGAGGAACAGGUGACCAGUGUGUUAAAUGGGGCAGACCUGGAACCUUCAGGACCCGGGCGUGUUGACGUUAUGUCCGCCCUGCUUGGCAGCCUUUCCUUUGGGGAGAAGCAUAGCCAGGAGUUCCUCUUGGAGCCGCCUGGCCUGGAGGUUCUAACAACCGCCUCCUCCAUCUCCUCGAUCAGUCAAUCAAACAUCAACGUCAGAGAGAUUCUGAAGAGCCUAGUGGCUGGGCCAGGAGAGGGGGUGGAGCCUGGACCAGAGCCCCUCCCCUACCCUGAUCCUGCCGUACAGAGAGAGACCCAUCAUCCCAUGCUGCCCAUGCAGUUUCACUCCUUUGACAGGAGUGUGGUGGUCCCAGUGAAGAAGCCUCCACCAGGCAGUCUGGCUGUGAACACAGUUGGACACACAUCCUCCAGUAGCCUGGCAACAGGCUCCACCCCCAACAUCUUUUCUGCAGCCUCCAACCCCGCCAAGAGCAUGAUCAACACCACCGGAGCUACAGACUCAGCCUCCUCUUCCUCCACCUCUUCCUCAUCCUUCGUCAACGGGGCCACUAGUAAGAACCUGCCUGCUGUCCAGCCAGUGGCGCCCAUGCCUGAAGACACAGUGGAGAACAUGAGUGCGUUGCUCUGUGAGGUGGACCAGGAUCUGAGAGUCUUUAGUUGGUCCCUGCAGCGUGGCCACACAGAGACAGAGACAGAGAUGGCCCCCAGAGGUGCAGGCCAGUGUCAUAGUAUCACUACUAAGUUGGAGCGUGCUCUGGAGAAGGUGGCCCCCCUCCUCAGGGAGAUCUUUGUGGACUUUGCACCGUUCCUCUCUAGGACCCUGUUGGGAAGCCAUGGCCAAGAGCUACUCAUAGAAGGUCUGGUGUGUAUGAAAUCCAGCACCUCUGUCGUGGAACUGGUCAUGUUGCUCUGCUCUCAGGAGUGGCAGAACUCGAUCCAGAAAAAUGCAGGCCUUGCCUUCAUUGAGCUCAUCAAUGAGGGAAGAUUGCUGUGUCAUGCUAUGAAGGACCACAUCGUGCGUGUUGCCAACGAGGCAGAGUUCAUCCUCAACAGACAGAGAGCAGAAGACGUCCAUAAACACGCUGAGUUUGAGUCCAACUGUGCCCAGUACGCUGCUGAUCGGAGGGAGGAGGAGAAGAUGUGUGAUCACCUGAUCAGCGCUGCCAAACACAGAGACCAUGUAACUGCCAACCAGCUCAAACAGAAGAUCCUCAACAUCCUCACCAAUAAGCAUGGAGCCUGGGGCAGCCUGGCACAGAGUCAGCUGAAUGACUUCUGGCGUCUGGACUACUGGGAGGACGAUCUACGGAGGAGGCGGAGAUUCGUACGGAACCCCUUUGGCUCCACCCACCUGGACAUCCCCUGCAAGACGUUAGACGACUAUGACAGCGAGGAGGACGAGUUGGUCAAGUCGAAGAAGGGGUUCCGCAGCCAGGCAGUAGCCAAUCAGAGCCCAGAGACGGACCUGAUGUUGGAUGGAGACGACGACACUGCCAGUCUGCUGCAGGAGAAGGAGAUGGACAACCUGGCUGCGCUGUUCCUUCCUCGCCUGUUUGUCUCCAGAGGCCCAGUGGUCCUCAGCACCCCAGCCCAGCUGGUGGCCCCAGUAAUAGUGGCGCGAGGGACGCUCUCCAUCACGACGACCGAGAUCUAUUUCGAAGUGGACGAGGAUGACCCCUCCUUCAAACGGCUUGACUCCACGGUCCUGGCGUACUCCGAGGGUCUGCAUGGUAAGUGGAUGUUCAGUGAGAUCAGAGCGGUCUUCUCCAGGCGAUACCUGCUCCAGAACACUGGCCUGGAGGUCUUCAUGGCCAACAGGACGUCAGUGAUGUUUAACUUCCCAGACCAGGCAACAGUGAAGAAGGUGGUCUACAGUCUACCCAGGGUCGGAGUGGGAACCAGCUAUGGCCUACCACAAGCCAGGCGUAUCUCCAUGGCGACGCCCCGGCAGCUCUUCAAGUCGUCUAACAUGACCCAGCGCUGGCAGAGGAGGGAGAUCUCCAACUUCGAGUACCUCAUGUUCCUCAACACCGUCGCAGGGAGGACCUACAAUGAUCUGAACCAGUACCCGGUGUUUCCCUGGGUUCUCACCAACUAUGAGUCCGAGGAGCUGGACCUCACCCUGCCGGGCAACUUCAGAGAUCUCUCCAAGCCAAUCGGAGCGUUGAACCCCAAGCGUGCAGUGUUCUAUGCAGAGCGCUAUGAGACCUGGGAAGAGGACCAGACACCCCCAUAUCACUACAACACCCACUACUCCACCGCUAACUCCACCCUGCUCUGGCUGCUCAGGAUAGAGCCUUUCACCACGUUCUUCCUGAAUGCUAACAACAACAAGUUUGACCAUCCAGACCGGACCUUCUCAGCCAUCACCCGCUCCUGGAGGCACUGCCAGAGAGACACCUCAGACGUCAAGGAGUUGAUUCCAGAAUUCUACUACCUGCCAGAGAUGUUUGGUAACAGUAAUGGUUACCACCUGGGCCAGAGGGAGGACGGCAGCAUGGUGUGUGAUGUAGAACUGCCUCCCUGGGCCAACAAGCCUGAGGACUUUGUCAGGAUCAACCGGAUGGCCCUGGAAAGUGAGUUUGUGUCGUGUCAGCUGCAUCAGUGGGUUGACCUUAUUUUCGGCUACAAGCAGCGCGGGCCUGAGGCGGUGCGCGCCCUCAAUGUCUUUCACCACCUGACCUACGAGGGUUCCGUCAGCCUGGACAGCAUCACUGACCCCGCCCUCAGAGAGGCGAUGGAGCAGCAGAUUCUGAUUGUUGGACAGACUCCGUCUCAGUUGCUCAUUGAGCCUCAUCCUCCUCGCAGCUCGGCCAUGCACCUGUGUUUCCUUCCCCAGAGUCCUCUGAUGUUUAAGGACCAGAUGCAGCAGGAUGUGAUCAUGGUGUUGAAGUUCCCCUCCAACUCCCCGGUGACACACGUAGCAGCCAACACCCUGCCACACCUCUCUGUCCCUGCCGCUGUCACCGUCACCUGUAGCCGACUGUUUGCUGUCAACCGCUGGCACAACACCGUCGGUUUGAGAGGAGCGCCAGGUUACUCCCUGGAACAGGCCCACCACCUGCCCAUAGAGAUGGACCCUCUGAUUGCCAACAACACCGGGAAUAACAAGCGUCAGAUCACAGACCUGGUUGAUCAGAGCAUCCAGAUCAACACACACUGCUUUGUGGUUACCGCCGACAACCGCUACAUCCUGGUCUGUGGCUUCUGGGACAAGAGCUUCAGAGUCUACUCUACUGAGACAGGUAAGCUGACCCAGAUAGUGUUUGGCCACUGGGACGUGGUGACGUGUCUGGCCAGGUCAGAGAGCUACAUCGGGGGAGACUGCUACAUCGUGUCAGGGUCCAGAGAUGCUACACUGCUACUGUGGUACUGGAGCGGACGACACCACAUCAUAGGAGACAACCCCAACAACAGUGACUACCCGGCACCGCGAGCUGUGCUGACCGGCCAUGACCAUGAGGUGGUGUGUGUCUCUGUGUGUGCUGAGCUGGGACUGGUCAUCAGUGGAGCCAAAGAGGGUCCGUGUCUGGUCCACACUAUAACAGGGGACCUGCUGCGGGCCCUGGAGGGCCCAGAUAACUGCAUGUGUCCCCGCCUCAUAUCUGUGUCCAGCGAGGGCCACUGUAUCAUCUGCUACGAGAGAGGACGUUUCUGUAACUUCAGCAUCAACGGGAAAUUACUGGCUCAGAUGGAGGUCAACGACUCAACACGGGCCAUUAUGCUGAGUAGUGACGGUCAGAACCUGGUGACAGGAGGAGACAACGGGGUGGUGGAGGUGUGGCAGGCCUGUGACUUCAAACAGCUCUACAUCUACCCAGGCUGUGAUGCUGGUGUCCGCGCCAUGGACCUCUCUCACGACCAGAGGACUCUCAUCACUGGCAUGGCAUCCGGCAGCAUUGUGGCGUUCAACAUCGACUUCAACCGGUGGCACUACGAGCACCAGAACAGAUACUGAGGGUUACAGAGACAACAUGGACACUACUGUUAACUACUGUUGACCAACUAUACAGAUUAACCGCUGUUAACUACCUAUACAAGUUAACUAGGGUUAACUAACUACUUGUUUAAGUGUUAACUAACCAUACAGGUCAACUACAAGUUAACUAACUAACCAUACAGGUUAACUAACUAACAAACUAACCAUAAGCUGUUAACCAGGUUAGUAAUACAGUGAGGUCUGAAUAAUGACUGUAUAAAAUAAAUCAUUCAAAUACUGAGCUAUAUGAUAUGUGCCAAAAUUAUAUUUUUUUAUACUAAUACAAUUGCGUAGAGAAAGAUAUUUUGUUUAACAAGUAAACAUUUUUUUCUCAAAAAGGUAGGGUUCAAAAUGAUUGCCAUCCCUAAAUAUUCUUAUAAAUUCAGUAGUCAAAAGUUUAGUAUUUGGUCCCAUGUUCCUAGACCUUAAUGAUUACGUCAAGCUUGUGACUACAAACUUGUUGGAUGCAUUUGCAGUUUGUUUAGGUUGUGUUUCAGAUUGUUUUGUGCCCAAUAGAAAUGAAUGGUAAAUAAUGUAUUCUGUCAUUUUGGAUUCACUAAUUGUAAAUAAGAAUAGAAUAUGUUUCUAAACUCUUCGUAAUUAAUGUGGAUACCACCAUGAUUACAGAUAAUCCUGAAUGAAUCGUGAAUAAUGAUGAAAGUUACAGAGGGUCAAAGAUCAUACCAUUACCAAUAACAGGGGAGGUACGCAUGUCUUGGGGUUAUGAUCUUUGACCUUCUGUGACAAUCUGAAGUAGAUGUCUUCUGAUAGAUUACAUAAAAGAUACCAAAAUUCUGUUAGUUAUUGGUAAACUUCAAAAGUUUCCAGUAAUUCCCUCCCUUUGCAACCCUACUCCUACAUUUUUGAAAAAAUAACAAGUAUAUAUUACUUGUUAAACAAAAUCCUUUUCUCUGAGCAAUUGUAUUAGUAUAAAAUAAAAUACAUAUUUUUUUUAUCAUACAACAUAGCUCAGUAUUUGAAAUGUUUCAGUUAUACAGUAAAUAUUGCUCAUCUUUAUCGAGGGUGUCGAUAAUUCCGUACCCCACCGUAUAUCAUAAUGCCUAGAAACAGACAGGUUCAAAUAUAAGUAGUAUCAGAAGAAUCUCUUCAGCUGAAGAGCUUAGAAGAAGAGCUCAGUCACAGAGCUAUAGUGACAGUUUCAACACUGAUUAAAAAAAUAACCAAUGUACGAUUUUAUUCAACUGGUCAUAUUUAAAACUGUGAAAAAUACAAAUAAACAAACCUACAGUUAAUAACAUUUAUACAACAUUUGUAUGUCAAAUACAUAUCAAACUUGGGACACUUUUCUAGGAAAAAAAGUAAAAACUGCUGUAUAUAAGGAUGAUGUAAGGAGUUUAUUUCCAGAAAAGAUUUGAAAAGAACAAGACGUCUCCAUUUAGUCUCCAUUUUGACAGUUGAACCAUAAUUCUCUGUUCCAAACCGCGACAUGACUCUCUCACAUGAAAUCUUAGUUUGCUUCCCAAAUGGUACCCUAUUCCGUUUAUAGUUUGAUCAGUUUGAUCAGGACCCAUAUGGCCCUGGUCAAAAGGCGUGCACUGUAAAGGGAUUAGCGUGCCAUUUGGGACAGAGAUUUAGUUGGUUAGUAAUAAUAGCUGAUAGUUUGUCUCCCAUCAAGGAAAACAGUAGUCUAUCAAUGUACUUGUCAAAAAUGACAAAUUGUUCUAUGUUCAUGUGAUAAUGUGUUUAGAUGUCUGUAAGGGCAGUUUCAGAACUAUACUUAUCGUGCGAAAUGUGUCCAUUGUAAUUUGUUUCUUAAUCACGUCUCACAUUAUCAGCAGGAAGUAACGCUCCUUGUAAUGAUUUCUGUACCAUUUCUUGUUCUGUAACUAUUGCAUUUAUAUUUCAACAAAAGUAAGGGUUUAAAAUGACUUUUAUAUACUUUUAAAAUCAUUACCACAGGCUAGUCAGAUUUAGCACGGAAUUCUUUAGUCGUCGUUGUUUGUAUUUCCAGAUAAUAGAUUGAUAAGGAAGACUGUGCGAGACGUCAUUUGUAGAAACUCUGGAUGAUCACUAGCAAUACCAUGAGUUUGUUAAAGCCUGCAAUCCAGACCUGUUUGGUACUAACAUUCCACUCAUUGUACUCCGUGUUAUAUGCCAAACGUGACAUGAUGUUUGGCAUUGCAAGUAAUGGAAAGGAGUGGAAUGUUAGCACAAACAGCCAGGCUAAGUGAGAGGCAUGUAGCUAACCUGACCAAGCACAGGCUAUCGUCAUCCCAAAAUGAUUCUUAACUAUUUUGAAUAAACAGAAAACAUUAUAAGUUUGUUUCAGUGCAACAAUGUAAAAUAUGCCACAUGUGUGAGUUGACAGUAAGAUGAAAAGGAAAAAAACAAAUCACAAUAUGCAAAGAGUUUGGGUUUCCAUUGUAAUGGUACAGACAGCAGCCUAGCUAAACCAGGGACACCGCAUGCAGAGAGCUACAGUAGCUGGAUGGAAUAUCUAUCUUACUUUACUGCUUUGGUUCAUAACACCCAUCAAUAUGAAUUUGACAUACUGGGUUUAUUUUGAAUAUUUGACUUAAAUCUUUGUGUAAGGAGGAUUUUGGAGGAUUUUGGAGGAUUUUGGAGGAUUUUGGAGGAUUUUGCUAAAUAAAUGCAUUUUAUUUGUGUUGACAUUGUUGCUUUAAAAAACACAUUUUGAUUAUUUUUGUAAAAUAUUUUGUUGAUUUGUAUGUAAUAUAUUUUUGUUGAUUUAAGUAUAUCAUGAUUUUACAAGUUAUUUGUAUGUACAUGUUGUUUUUUUGUGUAGAUUGCAAUGUCUGAGGCAUUUACCUUGUGUUUGUUUGGAGCUGUUAUACAUUAACUUAUGACAAUAUAUAAAGAUUGAUGAACAGUAACAUUUUUUAUUGUUUUCCUUUUUGUUGUAUUUAUAAUAACAAUAAAUAAAGCAAGCUCUUAUGCGACUGAA